GUAUCUGCUAUAGAGAACUGCUAUUGUUUUCUCAAGCUUUCUUUAAUCUUGAAGAUUUCUCAUAUAUCUGAGAGAUUUAAAUAUUUGACCAUAAAAGAAUGUUUAAUUUUGGACGUAAUAGAUUCUUUAGCUAUACUAUUAAUACAAAAUUUGUGUGGCAAAUUAUCUUCACGCGUGUCAUUAUGUUGACCACCUCCAUUAAUAUACAUUCUCUUUUUGUAUAGGGUCAAUAUGAGCAGCAACUCAACAUUGGUCCGCCUUUAUCAUGGUGGAAAAUUUGUCCGACGCCCAAUGCUCGAGUAUGUUGGGGGGCGGAUGGAUCUAGUAUACGUAGAUAUCAACUCAAGAAGUUAUGAAAGGUUCGUUAAGGACAUCGAGGAUGGGGCAAAUGGUAAAUUUGAAAAGCUUUACUUUAAGUAUCCUGGGAAGUCUUUGGAAGAUGGUUUAAGAUUCAUAUUUGAUGAUAACACUCUUGUCGAUCUACUUUUUCAUUAUUUACAUCAAGAGUGUUUGGAGGUUUAUGGUGAAUAUUUUGAUGAUGAGGUAGGUGAAGGUGCUGGUCAUGGUGAGGGCAUUGGUGAGGGUGAUGGUCGGGUUGAAGAAAUUGAUUUAGAUAGUUAACACUCGGACUUCCUAGUCGAUGCAAAUUUCUUGACUGAUGAUGAGGAUAAGGAUGAUGAGGACCUUGUCGAAGGUAGGAACAACAUUAGGGAAUUUCACAAGAGGGCCACAAAGGGUUGGAUUCAAGUAGAACCACUCACAGAAGUUGUACCAUCCCAACAAUCUGCGAGAGAAUCAUCUAUUUCCCAACGAUCCGAUGAGGUUAUUGCUGAAGGCGGUUACCAAACAGACUAUUAUGAAACAGAUGGAGAUGAGAGUUUGGAUUCUAACGUGGAGGAGGAAGACGUCAACGUGACAAGAAGGAAAAGCAAGUUUCUAAGUUAUGAUCCUAAUUGUGCAGCCCCUUUUUUUGCUAUGUCCAUGAAGUUUGAUGAUGGCAUGCAAUUUAAAGAUGCUCUCAAAAAGUAUUCUGUGGCCGAGCGUAGAGAGAUAAAGUUUAUCAAGAAUGAAAGAAAAUUUGUUAGAGCUAAAUGUGCUGAUGAGAAUUGUCCUUGGAAGAUUUCUGCAUCUUUUGAUGCUAGAAGUGGAUCAUUCCAUGUGAAGACCUACCACGAAGAACAUACAUGUAGCAUUAGCUUUAAUAAUAAGAGGGUCACUAGUUCUUGGUUGGCAAAACACUAUCUAGGUCCAAUUCGAGCAAUGCCAACUAUGAAAACUGCUGCUUUCGGGGAGCUUAUCAAGGAUCAAUUGGGCUUAAAUGUUAGUAUGAAUCAAUGUACUAAGGCUAAGCUACUUGCCUUUGAAGUUCUAAUGGGAAACUAUAAAAAUGAAUAUGCAAAGUUGUGGGAUUAUGCAGAGGAGCUUAGGGCCACAAAUCCUGGGAGUAUGGUUACAUUGAAGGUAGAAAAGCCUAACAUAGACUCGAAGGCAUUGUUUGAGAGAAUGUAUAUAUGUUUUGCUGCAUGCAAAAAAGGCUUCCUUGAUGGAUGUAGGAAAGUUGUUGGGUUGGAUGGUUGCUUUUUAAAAGGAAUUUGUAAAAGGGAGAUCUUGUGUGCCAUUGGAAGAAAUGCAAAUGAUCAAAUGUUCCCAAUUGCAUGGGCAGUUGUAAGAGUUGAGAGUGGAGACACGUGGAGUUGGUUCUUGGGAAAUUUAAUGUGGGACCUCAACAUAAACAGCACAUAUGGACAAGGUUGGGUCAUAAUUAGUGACAAGCAAAAGGGUCUUCUACAAGCUGUGGCUGAUUUGUUACCCGCAAUUGAACAUAGAAUGUGUGCUAGACAUAUCUAUGCCAAUUGGGGCAAGAAGUAUAAGGGAAUACAAAUGCAGAGAUUGUUUUGGCGAUGUGCUAAGAGUAGUACUAUGGUAGAGUAUGAUGAACAUGCUCAAGCAUUGAAAAAGAUUAGUCCCGCCGCGUAUCAUGACUUGGUUCAAACCGAGCCCAAGCAUUGGUCCAGGGCUUUCUUCACCACCGAGGUCAAGUGUGACAUAAUCGAUAACAACUUAUGUGAGGCAUUCAAUGGAAGAAUCAUAGAUGCUAGAUGUAAGUCCAUUUACAGUAUGUUGGAGGAGAUGAGGACAAUGAUAAUGACAAGGAUGCAUACACAGAGGGAUGCAUGUGCUCGAUGGAGGAGAGAUUGUGGUCCACGGAUAGUAAAAAAGUUGGAAGAAAAUAGACGUGAUGCGACUUACUGCCGAGUUCUAUGGAAUGGUGAUGAUGGAUAUGAGGUGUUAGAUAAGAGUGUGAAGUUCGUGGUUGAUGUGUCCAUGAGAGAGUGUACUUGUAGGAGGUGGCAACUUACUGGCAUCCCUUGUCCCCAUGCCAUUUCCGCUUUGAAUCAUAAGAAGAAGGAUGCAUACGAUUAUAUAGACGAGUGCUACAAGAAGGCGAAGUUCUUGGCUGCAUAUCAGAACAUGUUGAAGCCGGUUCGAGGAGAGAGGUUUUGGAAAAAAACUAAUGGGGAAGCACCCGAACCGCUUCCACUCAAAGUGAAGCCCGGUAGACGUAGACAUAAAAGAUUAAGGGAGGAAGGUGAGGCGUCAAGUCGAACUAGAAUGUCGAGAAGAGGAAUGAAGAUGACCUGUCGAACUUGUAGGAAGACAGGACACAAUAGUUUGACAUGUCCUGUUAAGAAUACUAUGUGCACGACGUCACAAACACAAUUGUCAAGGAAAAAACAUUUGGUAAGUACUUCUAUUUGCAUGGAAUUAUGCUUGCUUUAUGCAACUAACUUUAAAUUUAUAUUAUGCUUGCCUAGGUCCAAAGACGUACAAGCGAAGGUGCGAAUGGUAACGUUAGUGGGACACCAAUUGCUAGUGAUGCUCUUAUAACUCAUGUACAUGGGACCGUUGAGAAUACAAGUGCCAGACAAGACACGAGAUGACAAGUUAAUAGGAAGUAGUAUUGUGGAUGUAUUUUUGUUGCUGAUGGUUUCGAUGAAAUAGCAUUGAGGCCCAUAUUUUUGUUUGUCGAAUGAAUUGUUUUUGG